AUGUCGUACAGAGAAAGCCAAGCAGAUGCCAACAACAACGACAAGGCAGACCGAAACAAACCAGCUGUUUUCGUCCAGCAUGAAAUGGUGGCCAGUAGUUUCGCAUGGGUGUGCGACUCCCGGAACCACAGUCUCGCCUACGUGCUUGCUGAUGCUGGCUACGAUGUCUGGCUUGGGAAUAAUCGCGGCAAUACGUACUCGUCCAGCCACGUUAAGUACACGACCAAAGACACUGCGUUCUGGGACUUUUCAUGGGAAGACAUGGGCAAGUUUGACGUGCCAGCAACGCUCAACUAUGCUCUGGAGACAUCGGGACGGGAGACACUGGCUCUUGUAGGGUAUUCGCAGGGGUCAACUCAGGCAUUCGUUGCGUUUGCUGCAAAAACCAGAUCCUCGCUCGAUCCGUGUCCUAUUGUGCGACUCUGGGACCUGUUGCCUGGCUAG